UCAUUCAACUAAAUUAAUAGAUAAAGGUAAAUUAAAGUGAAGGUAAAUUAAAGUGAAGGUGAAUUUACAAAUAGUUCAAUGUCUGCUUUAUUAGUCUGCUGUCUAAACUACAGAAAUUAUGGGUAGACAAUUGGGUAUGUCUAUGGGUAGACAAUUGUUUGCUGAGCGCCUAUGAGACCAUAAAAAAUAGACAUUUGGUGUGCCUUGUAGUUUACUCUUUCAUUGAGCAUUACCUGAGACCGGAUGAUCCAGACACAACAUUCUGUAAAAGCAACAUUACUAACAGCCAUAACAUGGAAUACCAAGAAAUCUAACACAGGUGUUCUUUAGUUAACGAGAGAUGAAGCAUUUAAGCUACUCCAUUCUAGAAGCAGAUCAACUAUACAGGCUGAGGAAUAUGCUCACCUUGCUGCAGCAGUUCCACAAAUAAUGUCACAGUAGCCUACACAUGACCGAUGGGCAGUUGAUAGACAUCUGAUGUAAUAAUUAAGUGAAUUUGCUUUUAGAUUAGAUUGCUUUGAACAACAGGCUACUAUCAAUCUGCUGGUAUAAUUCCCUUUCUGACUUAAUAAUGAGGUUUAAAACAGACCUUACAAAGAAUGUACUCAGCAAAGGAGUGGUAGGCUUGAGUUAAACAGAAAUGCAUUAAUCUAGACUAGGCUACCUCCAUUUCUGAUGUGAUAUAACCGGGUGGGACAUAAGCAAGUACAAAGGAAAGAAAGAAAGAAAGAAAGAAAGAAAAUCUUUUAAAAAGCUUAUUAAAUAUGAUGUGGCCAAAUGCAUUUUUAUGUUUUUUGUCUUUUGUCUCCACAGGUAGGCUAGCCUAUUGUUUGAGUGCUAACCAAAAUUAUCUAUUAGAAUCUGUGUUUCUAAUCUUUACUCUUUGAUGGGAGGAUAUGUGACACAUGUCAUUGUUUUACUAUGAAAUCACUGAGAUUAUCAAAUUGCAUUCCCUUUGCAGCCUAUUGUUGUACAUUGGUCCAUGUUUAGAAGAAUAUCACAGAUUUAUCUCUUCAGUUUUGCCAACUUUAAUGUGUAGAUUUUAUCAGUGUGAAUUGCAUGUGUCUAGCCUGUCCUUUUUUCUUAGUCAUAACAUACAUCAGCAAUUUUACUCUUAGCAGGCCAAAUAUUGUAGGCUAUAUAGGUAUUUCGAACUAAUUUUGGUUACACAAUUGUUGGAAUGAACUGUACAAUCUGUAAUGUCAUUGUUCAGGCAAGUUUACUCUAAUUGCACAAAGGGAUGACGAUUGGUUAGUAUUUGACGCCAAACGCCAACAGACGCAUGUUGAUUGGAUAAGACUGUAUGGUGCAGGGAUUAGGCUACAUUGCCUGAUCUGCUCAUCAAUAAUAAUAAAGAUUUGAGCGCGUUGGUCUCCGUGUCUUUUUCCCCAAGCAAAAAUAAUAAAGAUCUAUGCCCCUUGUGUCGUGUUGUAUUACCAUGAAGCUGGGUACAAUAAUAGAUACGAAAUCUAAUAAUGAAAUAUGAAUUGAUUUGGCCUACAAAGAAUAAAGGCACAGGAACCUGCCUACACCAUCAUGAACUACAGAAUCAAGUAACUUUUAUAGGCCUACUCAACUAUAUGUUUAUGUUCCAUGAACUUAACCUAAUAUUUCAAUAGGCUAUAACAGCACGGGAUUUGAUAUCUUCAGUAGGCUAUUGAAUCAGAAUCAGUAAACAUUGUUUUUAAGAGCAAUAUCGUUUUUCCUUCAAUUAAAUGGAUAUUUCCAAAUAUAGGCUAUUUCAUUGUCCUGUUUAUCUAGUGCUAUGUUGUUGCCAGCGCAAAUAAGGCGGAAACAGUUAUGAUUUGAUUUCUGAUUGACUGGUGCUCACUGAAGCUGAACUAAUUGGAGGCACGAGCAGGCGCGAGCGAGGACUAGUGCAGCAGAUGGGCUCUUAACCAAGCUGGCUUCAGGCACUGAAGGAACGGCUAUUUGACAGUUCAGGAAUUCUGAAAAGGGAACUGUUUUGAGAUACGUUUUUUAAUAUUUUUAAGCAUUAAGUUAUUGUGUUAAAAUUAAAUUAUAUUCUGGCAGAUUUAGAAUUAAGGUUGGGAUAAUUUGGCCAGAGACAAAAAUAGCCUGCCAGUUAAAAUAGCUCAAUCUUAAAUUAGGAUAUGUUUAAGUUUUUAUUCAAACUAAAUAAGAUUUACUAUUUCGUUUAUUUGUUUAUUUUUAUGAGUUAAAAGACAUGAUUUAUCUUAAUGUUUAAGUAGGAAGGAUGCAACCUAAUUGGUUAGCUGGUGUCUUUGUGCUUCUCCAGCUUUUGUUCAUGUCACAUGGGAUAAGAGCGCCUAUUUCAAACUUCCCGCCAUAAACUUAGGCUACACGUUCUAUGAAUCUGAAAGUUUUAAUGAAACCUACAGAGACAAUUCAGUUUUGUUCUGCUCUAAGUGGUGCCAGGCACCAGAUGGUGGACACAAUGGGGUUUCGGUUAGGACAGACUUUAAUAUAAUGGGAGUGAAUUUGAAUAACUGUCACACGCCUGACGCGUGCAGGGUAAAAGUGCUUUCCCAGGGUUCGUUCCCAGUGUUGGGAAUGACAGUUAGUGUCUUUAUACGGCGUGGGAAUUUCCCACACGACCGGCGUCAGCAAAGGUUUAAUGUCCUUAGGAAAGAGGCCAUAUUAAAAUAUAUUUGAAAAUGUUCAGUUAGGUUAGGAUCACAUUUAAGGCUAAUGUCCUAUAGGUUAGGCUACGAGUUUGAUGCUUAGGCUAGGCUAGACCUAGUGUGUGUUCUUUAAUUCAUUAAAACGUAGCCUACUAAAAAAAAGCAAGCACCCCAAAUUAAACCCCAAAUGUAUGUUCUAGUUUCCCUCUCUUUUCGUGGAGCCGCAUAGAAUUGUAGCGUACACUCGGACAGGUCUUUGUUCUCAAACAGUUUGAAAUUUGAUAAAUGAUGGUGCGCUGUCCUACACAUUAUAGGCUACUAUGAUCAUGAACAUGAUUCAGACACUGUUCCUCUGGGACUGCAGCGCACGCGUCAUGCGUCACCAAAAUGUGGCGCGUGCUAGAGUAUCAGUCGGACUGUGACAGAUUGCCUGCAGUGCACGCGUCAAGCACGAGGCAUUAUAUUCUCUGGGGAGUAUCACCCGUUGGACAUAUACAACGCAUUGAAGCGGAAAAAGACAAAUCAGACGAAAAGAAAUGUUUAAUUAGGUUGGGGUUUGCUGUUUUACCUAGCAAGUGGUUGAUGCCAGUGCAAUGGCAGCAUAUACUGCAAUUUUAUUCGAAUAGGCUGAAUAAAAUAUGUGUUAUUGUUUCAGUUUAGAUGCAAGUUUACAUCUGUGAGUAUAGGCUAGUCUUGAUGAACACUAACACUACACUACACACUGGACCUGAAAUGAACCAAACGUGACUUAUUUUUGAAGAACAUAAUAGAAGAUUCAAGAGGGAAAUAAACUAAAUCAGUAUUUCAAAUAAAUGUGUGCACAGUAGCCUAGGCUAGGCUAUUCAUAUUGAAAAAUGGUCAUCCACAGCUGAUAUCCACCUGACGCCCCACCCAUAUCAAUUAAGGUCUAAUGCAACAAGUGUUUCUAAUGUGAAAUACUGUGUUCCUCUGCCAUCUCUUGGUCGCAGAAAGUACAGCAUACUGCAUGGCAACAGUAGCCUAAGGCAAGGCAUCCUACGGUGUUCCGACCCCUACUGUUGUAGGCCAAUUACGUGCAACAUGUACAGUGGUAGGUCUGAUUAGGUUCGAUUGGCACAUAGCCGAAGAUUAGCUAUAGGUGGUAUGUUACAUACAAUGUGGGGGUUUCAGUGAGCAAAACAGUAACAUUUGUCAUAUCACAGUGCGUGCUGUGUAAUGACACAUUAUGGCCAGUAGGCAGUCUGCUACUUGUGACAUUUUUGUCAGUGGUAGCCUACUGACACAUGCCAUCCAUCCUCAAUCCUCAUUCAAUCGUUCAAUCACUCAAUAGGCUACUUGGAAUAACGCUGAAAUAAAUCACACUUGUCAAUAAACUGGUGUUCUAAUUCUACAAAUACAUUCUACUAAUUUGUCAAAUACACCUGCUGAUAACACAAUCUAAGCUGAUGUAGGCCUACAGUAUACGGGAGUCAAAUUCGACUGUGAAGCUCAUUCUCAGUCAGUCUGAAUGAAGAUCGCAUGAGUGACAAUGCCUAUCCAGUCAAAUAAAAUCAUUAUCUUGUCAAAAACAAUAAUUGUAGUGAUUCCAUGACACAGAAUCGGCUCUUUUGGAACGCCUAAAAUGUUAAUGCCUUUGCCAUUUUACAAUUCAAGUCACAAUGAACCCAAAAUGUUUAGUCAUAACCUAACAUGCAUCAAACUACAGUUGGACUUAAAGGGUAUAUGAGGUUCAGGUACCGAGACAAUGGGUAAAUGUCUAUCUAUAGAAUCCUGACACGCCAUAGGCUAAUGAUGAGCGUCAAUGCACCUGCGGGAGAAAUUUUAGAGUUUAAAUGUUGUGUAGGCUGGCCCUGGUACACUGCCCCUGUGGACUGUUGAUAUAUUUGAAACAUACAUUAUAAUGCCAGUCUUCAGUACACGGUCCCGUGAAUGAGUAAAUGCACAUAAAUCAAGAGCAACUCUAUUGGAAGGAUUGAAAAAGGGGGUUAUAUACAGCACUGUACCUUUAACAUUUGAGCCGAUCGUUAAAGGUACAAAUAUCUCACUGCCGGACCGAUUCUCCUCCCCUCUAUGGAUUAUUCAACAAGUUGAGUUCGUGGCCAUCCACAGCAGCCGCUUCUACAAGGCACGAAUUCAUCUUCAGAGAUAGUCUAGGCAAUCUCGUGUUUUCUACCGGCGAGCGUAUUGGUGAAGUUGUUUUUGAGGAGCAGAGAGAGAAGUGCGGUGACAGAAACAUAAAAAGAGGAUCGUUACCAGGUGAAGUAGCGUUCCUUGAGCGUCGACGGGGAAGAAUACCGGAGCACUCUGGUGAAUUUACUUGUCUUCUGCUGAAUUUCGCAACGGAGAAUCUGGGUAGUUUCAGAGGCGCAAAAACGAAACGCACAUUAUUUUGAUAUUGUGGAUUGAGUGUUCCAAUUGUAAUGUACACCGAUCCAUAACAGUUUACUGUAGUUUACCUCCAUAUAAUGUGGGUUUACCAUGACUGUAUUUGUUGGAGAUCAUCUCAGUGCUAACGUCCUCGGAGGUAAGGGGUCCUCCAACUCUUUGCUUUCAAACCCAUUAAUUUGUAAUAGCCUACAUUUAUUCGUCAUGAGGGUUACCUUUAAAUAAUUUGUGUAAUGAAGACUGUGACCUGUCGCACUCCGGCGAGUCAUUUAAAUUGCCCUGUGAUAUGAUAAUGUUUGAAGUUAGGGGCAUGAACAAGAGAUAAUCUCCCAGUCAUUACUGAUAGAUCAACACAAGUUCGAAACGUGCCUCACCUUUUCAUGGUGAACUCAUAAACUGUUCAAAGGAGACGCAUAGCAGCUCUAAACAUGGUGGUUGAGCGGACACUUCUUGCCGCCAGGCAGGGAGAUGUACAAACUCUAAAAGUGCAACUGGCUGAAAAAGUUCUCAAUAGCGACGUGAAAGACUUGCUCGGAGCGUCCCCGGUCCACCACGCAGCCCGGGCGGGGAGGCUGACAUGCCUACGUUACCUGGUGGAAGAAGCGGGCCUGCCUGGGAACAGUUUAGCAAAUAAUGGCGCUAGUCCCGCACACGACGCUGCUGCAACGGGCAACCUAGCCUGCUUGCAAUGGCUACUUACCCAAGGAGGCUGUCGCGCCACGGACAAAGACUGCUCAGGAGCCACGGUUCUCCACCUCGCCUCCCGCUUCAGCCACCACGAGAUCACAGACUGGCUGCUGAGGAGUGGUGAGGGUGACCCCAACCUGUGCACAGAGUCCGGCGCAUUUCCUGUGCACUACGCUGCUGCCAAGGGUGACCUCCCCUCCCUUCGACUGCUACUGGGCCACAGCCCAAACGUUGUCAAUUUCCAAACCAAGAACGGUGCCACACCCCUUUACCUGGCUUGCCAGGAGGGUCAUCUGGAGGUGGUCCAGUACCUGGUGAAGGAUUGUGGGGCGGACCCCAGCAUCCGAGCCAAUGACGGGAUGACUCCUCUGCAUGCCGCCGCCCAGAUGGGACACAACACUGUCAUUGUUUGGCUGAUGAGCUUCACAGAGAUCAGCCUGGCCGACAGGGAUAACGACGGUGCCACUGCCAUGCACUUCGCGGCGAGCCGCGGCCACGCCAAGGUGCUCAGCUGGUUGCUGCUGCACGGCGGCGAGAUCGUUAUGGACAGCUGGAGCGGCACGCCCCUCCAUGACGCAGCCGAGAAUGGCGAGCUGGAGUGCUGUCAGAUAUUGGUGGUGAAUGGAGUGGACCUCGGCGUGCGUGACCAGGACGGCUUCACUGCUGCAGACCUGGCCGAGUACAACGGACAUCCCCAGUGUGCCAAGUACCUGCGCACCGUGGAGAACAUGAGUGUGGAGCACCGUGUGCUGUCCAGGGACCCCUCAACUGACCUGGAGUACAAGCAGCAUCCCGACUCUGGCCUGUCCUCCCCCAACGCCACCAUCUCGGCCUCGGCGCCGGCGGCCCACUUCGACCUGGGCUCCCCCUCCAGCUCGCUGUCCAACUACGACUCGGCCAACUCCAGCCAAUCCAGCACCGGAGAGAAGAGGAACUCCUCGCCCCCCUCACGGCCCGGCGCAGGCCCGUCCGAGUCGGCCAUCACAGACAUGCAAACCUACAUGGACAUGCUGGAUCCUGAUACCUCGAAGGGUGAUGGCGGACGAGUGAGUGAGCCACUCCCACCCCCACCGGCCUUCCCGCCUCCCCCACCUCCUCCUCCGAGCUCACGGCCUCCACCACCCCCGUCUUUCCCAGCCCCCAAUGUCCCAGAGGAGCCGUCUGCUGACAUGUACCUGAAGGUGAAGAGCAACCUGCGCCACGUGGACAGUGACGGCUCUAAGAAACAGGUGCGCUGUGCAACUCAAACGGCAUUACAACAAACCCAUACUCGCCUUGUUGGGUUAAACUCCAACAAAUCUACCCACAGAAGCUUCAAUAAGCAGCCCAGCACAGGGGACUACUACAAGGCCCUGGGCAGUGACUCAACUGAACCCCGUGCCACCAGGAGCAUGGCCCCCAACGAGGAGGGUUCCGUGCUGUUGGAGGAGCCAACAGAGAACAGUCCGAGCCCGGUGAACGGUUCUGCGGAGGAACUUCCCCAGCCCCCCUCCUCCCCCCUGCCUCCUAGCAACCCCACCCCAACUCCACCACCCCCUCCCCCCCUGCCCUCUGAGACGGCCACUCCACCGCAGUACUCGGCCACAGGCUACGCCUCUUCAGGCCAGCGCCGCUCCUCCUCCUCCUCCGGAAGAGGGGAUGUGUCUUCUGCUCACCUGCUCCCCUCCACACCUGCUCCGGAGUCCUUCAGGCAGAUGAAGAGUGAUAGUUUCAGCGGUGAGCCUUUUGGCUCCCCACCCAUUGACCUGCCCGGCUGGGCAAGGUUCACCUGUCCGAGGCGCUCCUCCUCCCAGCCACCUGGUACGGCCGGACUCUCUGGCUCACGCCCACACCUUAAAGCUGGCCUCGCGGCUGCGCGCCAAAGCACAGCACAACACAGCACAGGCACAUCUGCACCGAGGACCAUGCCGCUGUUCCCAUCCGUCUCGCUCUGCUCCGACUCACCCGGGAUGGCCACCAGGGCAGACCCAAGGCUGGCCAUGACCAUCUCCUCGGAGCUGAACCCUGACGGUUCGAAAUCCUUCAACAUGAUGUCCCCCACUGGUGACAAUACAGAGCUGUUGGCUGAAAUUAAAGCGGGGAAGAGCCUGAAGCCAACGCCCCAGAGCAAAGGAUACACCACCGUCUUCUCCAACAGUGGCCCAGGAGGCCCCAAUCCUGACAGCCCGACAUCGCCGCCUCAGACCCGCGCCGCCCAAUCAGCAAAGCCCUCCUCCCCGUCCCCGCCCCCUUCCAACUCUCCUACUCCCACCCCCAGCCAUGCCAGCUCUUCCAGCUCGUCCUCUGCGGCCAAGGGCCUGACGUCCUCCCCCAGCUGCGAGCAGCUGCCGCCGACGGUCAACGGCACGGCGGGCUCGGGGCAGCAGCGCAAGACCAGCCUGGUGGACGUGGAGGCGCUGGUGCCCACCCACGACGAGCAGGGCCGCGCCAUCCCCGAGUGGAAGCGGCAGGUGAUGGUGCGCAAGCUGCAGGUCAAGAUGCAGGAGGAGGAGGAGCACAAGCGCAAGGUUGACGAGGAGGCUGCCAAGCUAGCCUCCAUGCCUGCCUGGAGGAGAGACAUCAUGAAGAAGAAACUGGAUGACGAGAAGUUGGACAGAGAACAGAAGAGAAAAGAGGAGGAACGUGCAAAGAACAUGAAGGAGUCGGAGGAGAAGCAGGAGCUAGAGAAACUACGAACCUUAGGAUAUGAUGAAACAAAACUGGCGCCAUGGCAACGGCAGAUCAUUCUGAAGAAAGGAGACAUUGUAAAAGAGUAGAGCCCCCCCACACACACACACACACACAAACACACCCCACCUCAUUCUUUCCAAAUCCCCAUGGCCCUUCAGUCACUACCUGCAGACCACAGUUCUCAUCUGUUACCUGAUGGACCAGAACAAACCAGAUUGGGUCUCAACCCAGCUUGCUUGUAGCAUGAACCAAUGCCCACAAUGACAUUGUUUUUGUGCUCCAACGCACAUUAUAGAAUACGCUUUGACCAUGCAGGACUGCUGCACAAGCAUAGCUUAGUUUCAUUUGGAAUAACACAUGGUAAACCAGUAGGUACUGAGACCAGGAUCAGGUCCUUGUCAAUAUAAGCUCUUAGCUGCAUAUGUUUCAUGUGUAAUUUAGGGUCAAACCAUGUCACACAGACUGGUUUACCUACAUGCUUUGUUUCCUAUUAUUGUGCAGCUACUGUACAGUUCUUAACACGUCUCAUUUUACAAACCUAUGCAUUUCAGCAAAUGUACAGAACUACCGAAUUCUAACUUCAUCUGUCCAAUGCUUAUUUUAUGGCAAACAUGUAUAAAUUUAACAUAACUAAUGUGUCUCCUCAACUAUAAGUUUAAUCAACCCUACAGCAUAAUAUGUGGCACUGCUUCAAUUAGGAAUAUGUUGAUACAUAUUUAAUAUUGAGAGGUUCAUAAAGAUGUAAUAAUUUGAGAAUGCACAAACUUUAUGUUAUCAAGAUCGAUCAUGACUUUAACUAUAUUUAACAAGACAUAAAAAAAUAGUUAUGUUAUAUGCAGGCACAUGUUAUUUAUCUCAAAGUUCACCUUUUGGCUUAGGCCAAAAAAACUGCCAAAAUGGAUCGAGCACUAAACUGAAGCUUAAUCCAAACACACUUGGAAGAUUCAUCUACGUAUGCGAGAGGAGUUUGGAUUGAGUUUGGGCAAAUUUCAGCCUAUCUCUUCUCUGGCCCGUUGCACACUGCUAAAAGACCUGUGUUAUAGUGAAAGGUGUUUUGUGAUGGCUAAAAGUCCUUAAAAUAAAUGUUGACACACUUACGGGGACACUUUGUCAAAUGUUUCCCAGCGUUACCAUCGGGCAAGCCACAGGCACAAGCAUUCUGAGUUUAAAUACAAAAUGGUGUCUCUGUUGCCCCCUUUCUUAUAUUUAAAUCCAUGCCUUGGUUUCCUUAUUCUCAGACUAUGGGACCAAAUCAGUGGUAAUAUCUCUAGGUCAUCAACAUCAUAUAUCUGUAACAUGGCUUUCUUAACACACCCACUUUUUUUUCAGAUGGACGUUAGAUUGUGCACUGUCAUUAGAUCCUGUUCAGCACAGUAGACCUCAGAAAAGUGCCGGAUGUGUCUUUUUGAAUGUGUGUAUAUAUGGUCUCUGUCCUUUGUCAUAAAAUGUGCUAUAGAUAAACUUGUCAUUUUAAUUGUACAUUUUUUGAUUGUAAAAACACCUAAAUUAUAUAUGAUAUAUAAAUAUAAUAGUGAUGCAUGGUCCUCAUUGAGUUAUCACUUGGGAACAUUCAAUUAACUUCAUUGGAUGCCAUAUUGAUGUUGAAAAUUCAAAAGAUGUAAAUGUCAUUGCCAUUAGAAGAUUUUUCUACAUUACUGCUGUACAUAGUGAGAGCUGAACUUCCACAGUCCUUUACUGUAAGUGUGUAUCAACAUUGCAUCAGUUUCCUAUUCUCAGCCUUGCUUGCAUAGGAUAUCUGUUUAUUAACAUAAAACUUCCUCUACAGACUGUCAGAAGUAAUUCAAAUAAAAUUUUUAAAUCAAA